UAGUGGAAGGUGUCUCUGCCCAUGGCAGGGGUGGGACUGGAUGAACUUUAAGGUCCCUUCCAACGCCCCUGCCAUGGGCAGGGACACCUUCCCAUAGACCAGGUUACACAGGGAUUACAGCAGAUCGAACUUUACAAUUGUAAAACUGUUUAAAAUUUUCUGUAAACAGUUUUAUGUGCUAUUUAUAAGUAUACUUACAGUUUAUUACAGUUAUCUGCUGCUAUUUUGACAAACAGCUGCUUUCACUGUGGAAAUGAGCGAAUAUCAGUCGCAUCACAUAUUAUGAAACAUUUCUCGCUCAGCCAGUCUUAUGACUUGCUGAAAUUAAUUUUCUUGUUCCUUAACCCUUCCCAUGCUGCUUGUGCAGCUGCCACCUGGGUCAGCUGGGGGCUGGAGAACUAAUUCACUGUGUUUGCAAUUCCUAUUGUUUUCUUCAGCACACCAGACCUUAAUAACCACUGACUCAGUGGCAGUGUGAGAAACAAAAGAACUACUUAGUGUUCAUUAGUAUCUCCAGUUCAAAUCAGAACAAUUGGGACUGCAGCUGAGUUUUGGACAUCUCGCCUUGGGAAGGAAGGGCUGAAUUUGUUUUAGGGGCACAAAGUCUUUACAGAGUGUGCAGAAAGAUUUUGGGAGUAAUGGGAUGGGUGAAACAGGCAGCAGAACGUGUUCAGUAGGGAAAUGGCCAAAGUCAGCACCUUUAAACCAAAGCUGCCUAAACCCCGAGUACAGGACAGAAAGUGCCUUUUUCUACCUACUAUUAUCAUCACACUGGGUUCCCAUCUCUCUGGUGGAGGAGCUGUGACUGCUGCCAGCAUCUUUCCAGAGGGAUGUUGCCCACAUAUUUACUCUCCUUGCUUAAUGGGAGUAGGGAAAAAAUUGGAGCAAAAUUAUUUGGGACAAAGCUAUUUAGGUCCUUAAGUUCACAGGAAGAAGGGGUAUUAUUCAGUUUUAAAAAAAGGAUAAAAUAAGUAAGAACAAAGCUUUAAAAUAAAUCUGUUGCGUCAUAGGUUUCUGUUUGAGGCCUGUUUUGUGACUGGAGCUUGUAUCUGGAGAACUUUACCUCUUUUUCACUUUAGGAACUUGACUCUUCAUUUGAGAGUACCAGCUGGCUCAUGCUGGUUGCAUUUUCUUUUUUAUUUUCUAGAAGAAAUCUAGGCAGAAAAAGGAGGUUUUGUAUUUUGGAGUGGUGAGAGGCCUCAAAAUCUCAAAGCAAAAAUUUACCAUUUAAUUUUUUUUUUUUCAAGAGGAAUGAUUUUGUCCAAGUGUUCCUGUAAUUCACUGCAGGUUUGAAAGGAAUGCUGCUCAGGAUUCAUGGCUAAUGCUCGGUGCUGAUUGUUACUGUGCACUUACCCUGUGGAUCUGAACUUGUGCUUUGAACGUGUUGCCUUGAUCCAGUGGCUGAGUUGUGAUUUUAUCCCCCUGUUGUGGGAGCUAAAUGAGGUGUGAGCUGAGCUGUGACAGCCCUCCAUAUGUCCCCUGUGCUUGUUGCCCCGUGGGGACUGUCCCUUCAGACAGCUCUGGAAGCCACGAAAAGGAGCGGAUGGAGUUGAGCCAGAGUUACAACAGCUCUGCUUUGGACUAUUCAGAAGAUACCUUUGAGUCCUUCAGUGAGGAGGAGGAGAUCAAACCAUCUGGCUCCUGCUGUCCCACAGAGGAUUUGGAGGGCUCAGAUGUGUUGGAAAGCACGUCAUGGUUGGCAGGCCAAAGUCAUGCAGAGGAGCAAUCUGGAGUGGAUUCUGCAGCUCUGGAAAGAGUUGCCAUAGGAAAAUGGAUUGAUGCCAUGGGAAGAUGGAGAGAUCUAAAAAAUAAAGAAGCUGAGGUUAAACAGGACAACUCUGUCAGGAAAACUCAUGGUGAAAUUCCUGAAUUAUUUGAUGGAGAACUGGAUGCGCUCAGGUCUUUUUGCACCAGGAAGAUAAAUGGGAUGAACCAGCAGCUGAGCCCUGAGCAAGCAAACACGGGCAAGGCAAGGAAGCUGCAGGAUGGAGUCCCAGCAGGGAAAACUGGGACAAGAGAUGGGAACUGCAUUGUUCCUGGUCGGCUGAUGAACAGAAUCCUCCUGGAAAACACCAGAGAGACUGUUAAACAGGUGACAGAAGCUCAAAUCCAUGAGGCUUCAUCAUGCCCUGACUGCCAGAAGAAGGAGGCAGAGCUGGCCAGGAUUGCCUUUGUCAGGCAAAAAAAGGCUCUGAUGGAAGGUGCUUUAAUCCAAGAGAAACUGGAAGAACAGAUUUACUCCAGAGACAUGCUCACACUUCUAGGAGAAGCCCUCAGAAGCUUUCCCAAACCUUCAGAGGAUCCCAGGGCCUUGUGGCAAAGGCUGAAAGAUCAAAAACCGCCUGAAAAAAAAAAAAACUUGAAGCAAAGAAUGGACAUUCUGGAAAUGUGGAAUAUAAUGGAGAAGGAAAGGCCCAGCAGCACCAGGGCAGUGAGCUGGAAUCCAGCUUGUCCAGGAGACCAGCUGAGCCUGAACGAGUCAUGCCCAAAAAGUGCUUACCUGGCAGAACCCAAAUCCUUAAUCACACGUGGAAAAGGAGAAUCCAGCUGGUGCCUUCUGUCCUACACAUUCCUGUCGCACUCAUCCUUCUGUUUGCUCACUAAAUUUGACACAAUGCUCGAGGCACCAGAACCACAACCCCUUUCCCUUCCCCUCCUCCUCAAAGCCACCCCAGAAGCUGGAAUGGCUUUUCCUCUCCUAUCUUCACUCCUCUUCAUCCUCUCCCUUGUCUCUGCUCCCUCUAGUGUUCCCGUGCAGGUGCUGGUUUGCUCUCCUGCUCUAGGCAGGGACAAUGAGGAUUAAAUUUGGGAUUUAUUAUCCCUGCAUUUUGCAUAAGGUGAGAAUGACUUCAGCCUGCCUUGGAAGAGAAAAUAAUUCAGAGUCUCUGCAACCUUCAUUUCACCUCCUUGUGCCAUCACAGCCCCCACCUGCCACUGACCUGGAGGCCAACUCCAAAUUCAGUUGGUUUUCCAACCCACACUUUUAUCUUUUUGAUUUCAUUCUCAGUUCAUGGUUUGGGGAUUUCUUUCACAACCUUAAAAUUUCAUUCUAAUUCAGGAAGCUGGAAAUUUAGUAGGAUAUAACACCUGGGGUUAGAGCCUGGGGUUUUGGUAACACUGCAACAGCAUUCACUGCACCUAAAUAUUGUGCUCUAGUUCACUUUUGAUUCUUUGAUUCAGUCUAGAUUUGUUUAAUUUGUUUAAGUCUACCAAAGCUUUUGUAGCCAUGAGAUGUGCUGUCCUGCCUAUUGGCUGAAAAUCAGAAAAUAUGGAAGGGGACUGGAGCUGUGUCUUGGAAUCACUGGAUCACUGCAGGGAGAAUGUGCAAUUAAAAAUGGGGACUCGUGAGAUCUUUCCAGAGUUGUUACUGAAACUUGACUGUUUAAGGUGCUCUAAACCUGUGUGUUGUACAAUAUUUAUAUUCCAUGUGCAUGGGAUUAUCCAGAAAAUAUCUUUAGGGUUAUCAAGUCCAACCACCAGUCAGCACCGCUACCAGGGUCACCACUAAGCCACGUCCUAAAGUGCCACAUCCAUGUGUUUUCUGAACAUUUUCAGGGAUGG